UUUUGUCAUGUGACCGUUCCCUAUUUAUGUUAAUAUCAGUAAUAUUGUCUCGAAAAUUUUGUGGCAAAACAAUAACAAACUUGUGUUUCGUGAUUGGUUUUUACAGAUAUUUGGUGCUCAGCCGAAGAAAGUGACUCACUAGUGCAUCAGAACGUUUGCUUCUCCACUGUAAUGUGUUUUUUCGCCUGAACGAAAAAUCUUGGGAUUUUUUGUCCAGAUUAAUUUGAGAAAAUUUCAUCCGAAGCAAUGUCGUCGCCUAGGAAAAAUAUUUGCUGACGAAAGUCAUGGUCAUCUCGUGUGCGGGUAUUGAGUGUACUAUGUAAGCGCGUGGACCCACAAUUUUUGUUAUUAAUUUCUACCAACAAGAACUAUGCGAACAAAUCGACCGUGAUCGCACGUUUUGUUAUUUACUUCACUUUCACUUUAAAUCGAAUUGUUUCGCACGACUUUACUUGCAUGCAGCAAGUUUGUGUGGUUGCAUACAAUUGAUUACUGUUUGGAACUUUGCAAUCGAUCGUUUGAUAUUUGAUUGAUUGGCUAAUCAAAAACUAAAUAAUUGAUUUUGUUACAAAUGGGAGAGUCUGGAUAUACAGAGAUAUUUCCAGAGAUUAAACCCAGUCCAAUGGAUGGUAUAAUAAAGCAAGAACCCAAUCAAGAAAUGGGUUCGUCUUCUGCAUCAGUACCAAUACCAGGUGGACAUAGGAGCGGUAGAGGUGUAUACGAUCAGUUCUCCCCGUCUCCACUAACCAUACCAUCUGUUUGGCCUAACAGACCAGAUCUUAUAGAAUCUCCAUUUAAAAUGGAUUCUGAUCAACUAGAUGUAUCAUUUAAAAUGGAGGACGACGAUAUAUUUCAAGUUGACAAAGCAGACCUUAUUCAAGGACCUACCCUUGCUGAACUAAAUGCAAAUGACGAAACACUUCUAGGCGAUUUAAAUUUUGAUGAUCUGCUUUUACCAGAAGAAAGGAUUCAACCUUUUAAAGUAGACGUUAAUGUCACGCAAUCGGUUGCUCCACUGUUCAAUGAUAAUAAUGGUGGUUUUGCACCAAGCAGUUUUCCACAAUCUGGAUCAACAUAUCGCAAUAUUUGUCCUGCUUACAUGAACACACAUGGAUUUAAUUUGAAUAUAAAUGUUGGUGAUAAUUUGGAAACAAUUAGUCCUAAUGCAUUUCCAAGUCCAGGAACCAGUAAUGUCGCAGGUAGUUCAACAGCUAGUUCAUCUACAUCUCCACAUCCUAUGAACAGGCCUAGUGGUCAAUCAGCACUUCAUGAUCUAUUAAUGAGGCGAGGCGAAAACUCUUUUGAUAAUUCCACAUGUGGACAGAUAGACAUUGGUUGUACGACGAACAAUAAACCCAAGGUUUCCAGUUUGUCAAUGUCUGCUCCAACUCGAACAAUGGGAUUCGAACAGAUUUGGACUCGCAGAGAACCACGUCCACAUUUAUUAAGUACUAGUAGUCUGACCGGUAGCGGUGUCAUUGAGGCAGGUUCGACAAGUAGUUUAAGUACUGGGGAAGCACUCAGUCCAGAUCCGUGUUACCGUGUUGAUCAUCUUAGUCACGAUGAAGGUUAUGAAGAUAGUGAUGAUGAUAGUGAUCACUAUGAUGAUUACAGUAGCGAUAACGAUACAGGUGGCAGCGAUGGUGAAGAUCAAAGUACUGGAAGUAGAAUAGGAAGUGGAAGCAUCGACUCGAAUCGGGAGAGUAAACACAGUAAAAAAGAACGAUACUUUUGGCAGUAUAAUGUACAGGCAAAGGGACCAAAGGGACAGAGACUUGUAGCAAGAACGCGAUUAGAAGAUCCACAUAUUUUGAACGAAGCCACCGAUCCUGUUUUCAGUCCACAUUGUGCGCUCCGUGGUAUUAAGCACAGUGGGAAAGCACGGAAAGGUGAUGGAAACGAUCUGACACCAAAUCCUCGAAAAUUGUACAGCAUUGGUCGUGAAUUAGAUAAACUAUCCCGUGUGAUAAAUGACAUGACGCCAGUUUCGGAGUUACCAUUUACGGCAAGGCCAAAAACACGUAAAGAAAAAAAUAAACUGGCUUCCCGGGCGUGUCGUUUGAAGAAGAAAGCUCAACACGAAGCGAAUAAGAUCAAAUUACAUGGUCUUGAACAAGAACACAAGCGACUGAUUCAUGGCAUAUCCCAAGCGAAGCAAACACUUGCUGCGAAACUAGCGGAGUCCAAUCCUGAAAAUCAAGAAGAAUUAACACGUCAGAUGGAAAAAUGCUGUAAACUUGCUACGAAAGUACGAAUUGCAAAUCAUUCAACCGAGUUUGUCAACAAAGUAUUGGAUAAAGUUCGUGCUGGCGUUCCUGAUGGCGGCAUCGACGACUUUUAAUAUACCUGGAUUAUUUGUUAAAAAUUAUGCUAUUUACUUGUGUGUAUUGAUGCGAAAUUGCAUAGAAGAAGCGAUAGAUUCAUCCACUUUUGUUUAACAAUUUAUCACCAAGUCGGAAAUCAAAAGUGACUGUUGCUUUUGACACAGAAAUCAGGAACCAAACAAUUGUAAAGACGGUUCAAGUUGUUUUAUGGUAAAAUCAUUAGCAAUCAAUAGAUAAUUAUUAUCAUCAGUAUGCUAGGUUAAGCGAAGUUGCAGAUAUUCUUAUAGUUUAUUUUUAUUGUUAUUAUUAAGUAAUAUAUUUCAGAUUGCUCAUUUUUAUACAAACAAAAUCGUACGCAUUAUUGAAUCACCGGUUCCUGACUUCAUUUGUGAUAAAUAUUUUCAUUUAUUACUUUUGUUGCCAUCAUAAACUUGUAAAUCUCUCUUUUUAUCUCUCUCUAUAUGUAUGUAUAUAUAUGUACAUUUGUAUGUACAGAUAUAUAUACAGAUUUGACAGAGUUUCUAUGCAUUGCUUCAAAUUGAAUGUUACAAAAUGUAUCAUCGAUUCUCUGUCUCGUUGAGGCAUUGCAUUCCUAUUUUCUGUUACUCUGCCUUGUUUCUUUCUUUAUCUUGUACAUAAUUUUUAUAUUUGCGCGUGUUUGUGUACUUGUGUGUGUAUAUGUACAUAUAACGUUAGAAAAAUGCUCCGAAUUUCGCAAUAUUAUUCUACAUGCUAUGCGAUUACAUAAAUAUAAACGCUUGCAGUAUAAAAAACGAAAAAGCGAUGGGUAUCAUACGCAUUAAUUUCUCUAUUAUUCUUUUAAAACAUAUUUAAACAUUCUACCAAGUAAUCAUUGAUAUAAUACUGGAGAAUUACAUUUUGUGUAUACUUUUUAAUAAUUGAAAAUUCGAUAUAGUUGAACGAACAAGUGUUUUCAGUUUGAUACCAACAUUUUGAUAACAGCGAUUAUUAUCACGAGAAAGUAGUGUGUGUAUGUGUAUCAAUGUAAAUUGAAUUUUUUCAUUUUGUGGAUAUGUAGAGAAGAGUUGCGAAGCUAUGAGCAUUGUUAUUUUCUAUUUGAAGAAGUCGGGUCUACAAAUUAUGUUUUACCAUAUAACUUGUUUGUAGUACAAAGUACUUGCUACGUUCGAAA